GAAGAUGACUACAACUACAAGAAGAUUGAGAUCCUCGACGUUCCCGAAACUGAUAUCAGAAACUAUUUCGAGGAAUGCUUUGAAUUCAUAGACGAAGGCAGACGUUAUGGCAAUUGUUUGGUUCAUUGCAACGCCGGUGUCUCCAGAAGUACAGCCAUUUGUACGGCUUAUCUGAUGAGCAAAGAAAAGAUGACUUUUACCGACGCUCUCAAUGCCAUACGAGAAGCGCGUCCUUUCUCUAAACCAAACGAUGGUUUUGUGCGACAAUUACAAGAAUAUAACGACGAAUUGAGAGGAAGUGGAGGACUCAAGGAAACCAAUGUCGACGACGCCUUCACCGCCAGACAGAGGGCUGAGAGGGAGGCUGAGAAGGCGGCGCUCAUAUCUGGUGCGGCCAAAGCUCAGUAA